UAGUUGAUUCGUGAUUCUACGACUAGUGUACGCGAAACACGUAACAACGUUCAAUCUUUGCUCAUUCGCGAACGGUAGUGAUCGAGUAGUUUUCAAAGUUGAUGAUAGUGAUCGUAAGGGUGCUUCGAUAAAGUUUCAGUGGGGCGAAAAGCUCAGUUGAACAAUGUCGGCCAGUCAGUACUACCACGUGCAGAUGUGCACGCCAACGAUAUAUCCUGCCGAUCCUUUCAACGCAGAAGAGGAUGCAGCUCUCCUACGAACCGCCAUGAAAGGUUUCGGCACUGAUGAACAAACCAUCAUCGAUGUGCUCGCCCGUCGUGGCAUCGUACAACGACUCGAAAUAGCCGAUAAAUUCAAAACGAUGUACGGAAAAGAUUUGAUUUCUGAACUGAAAUCAGAACUUGGUGGCAAUUUCGAGAAAGCUAUUUUAGCACUAAUGACACCAUUGCCGGAAUACUACGCAAAAGAACUUCAUAAUGCGAUAUCCGGAAUGGGCACAGACGAAGGUGCCCUCGUCGAAGUGUUGGCAUCCCUCAGUAAUUAUGGCAUUAAGACCAUAUCCGCUGUCUAUAAGGACCUGUACGGAAACGAGUUGGAGGAUGAUCUGAAAAGCGAUACUUCCGGUCACUUUAAGAGGCUAUUAGUUUCGCUCUGUUGCGCUAACAGGAACGAAAGUAGCGACGUUGACGAUCAGGCUGCAAUAUCAGAUGCUGAGAAACUUCUUGAGGCUGGUGAAGGCCAAUGGGGAACAGACGAAAGUACAUUUAAUGCUAUCCUCAUUUCUAAAAGUUUCCCUCAAUUAAGAAAGAUCUUUAAGGAAUAUGAACGUCUUUCCGGAAAUUGUCUCGAAGAAACUAUCAGGAGUGAGUUCUCAGGCUCCAUUGAAGAUGGUUACCUUGCAGUUGUGAAAUGUGCUCGAGAUAAGACUGGAUAUUUUGCGGAACGGCUAUACAAAGCGAUGCGUGGAUUAGGCACCGACGAUUCAACAUUGAUACGCAUAAUCGUGGCACGGUCAGAAAUCGAUUUAGGAGAUAUCAAAGAAACCUAUCAAAAUGUCUACGGACAGUCACUCGCAGGUGACAUUGACAGCGAUUGCACAGCUGCGUGGAAAUACCUUCUGAUCGCGAUGCUGAAUUAAGAAAAAUGCUUUACUGUCUUUCGAUAAAAUUCUUCAAGAUAAAUACUCCCAUGUUUAUCAGUAUUUAAAAUAAUUAAUCACACAUUGAGAGAUUAUCAUGUUAUUCAAGGUUUGACGGAUAAGUCAUCAAGAUGAAAAGCUUACCAAAUUCGUGACGGUCAAAUCCCGCAGAUAUAAAUCAUGCAGAUUUUUUUUAAAUGAUAUCAAAUUCAAUAUGAAAAAUACGAAUGGAUAUUUGUAGACUCCGAAUGUUUAUGCAAAUGCAUACUUUUAUGAAAUGUAAUAUAAAUUUUCUGAUUAUAAUAAUGUAUAGAAAUGUUAUACAUAUUUUCAGGUAAUUGUGCUGGUCUAUUUCGAUUAUCUAUUCGAUUCUGUUAAUAAUACAUUGAAAUUACAGAUUAUUUUCAUAUAUCGUUUAACUAUCUCACGUCUCUCUUGUCUCUUAAAGACAUGUGCUCUCUGUUUCUCAAAUAAAAGAAAAUUAACAUGACAUUAGUUUUAUUCAACUUUAAAACAUAAAACAACCAGUAUUAGAAUAAAAUAUACAAGCUAUUUCAAGCUAUGGAAUAAGUUGAAAGUAUUACUUGAUAAGUCUGAAUAAACAUUCGCUGUCUACAUAUUAGUAAAUAAAUACUGUUAAUAACUGUAUGAAUGGCAGCUAAGUUUGCAAAAAAAAAAAUUGUCGGUGACCAAAGAGUUAACAAAUUACAGCAUAAACAAUAAUUUGCUGCAUUGAAAAUAUUUUGUUCGUGAAUGUGAUUAAUUUUUAAACGAAAUGUGAUUACGAAAUACAUACAUUCCUUUUUUUUAAUGCAAAAGAUAAAUUAGUUUGCAUUAUAUAUAUUUUAUAUAUUAUUUUAUACUGGAGCAAUGACAAGAUUUGGCAUUGCACUUUAAAAUAUAUACCAGAAAAAUGUUGAUUUCUAUAUAUUUGGUUCUAACAGUUGCAAGACUAGAAUUUUUCCAAACCGUUCAUCAAACAAAUAAGUGACAAUUAAUUCUAUUUUUUUUAAGCCGACAAAAUAAUUAAAUAGCAAUUCUCUAGAUCUUCUUUUAGAUCAACUAUAUUUCAAGCAUUAUAUAAUAUCAUAU